CCAACUCCAACGGAGCAAAGUGUCCACGAUGAAGAGGUCCCUGGUCUGUGGCGUGCUCCUUUUCUGUGGCUUCCUGAGCCUGUCUGUGGGACAGGAGUGUUUUGAGGCCAUCGUCAGGCUGAACAAGGAGUCACUUGAAAACCUUAUUGCAGCUACUUUAGCCUCUUCCAACAUGGCCGAUCGGAUAACGACGCUUCUUAAUCAGCCAACGCUGUCUGGGGUCCUGGGGAAUAUCCCUGCUUCCUCAUCACCCAGUAUGAAAUGUGAAAUCGAGAGGUUCCCAGACGUCAAGAUAACCAAGCAUGCUGACGAUGAAUUGGCAGCCCACGUAACCCUGACAUUCACCAUCACGAUCUCAGAUGUUGCAGGUGUAGGUACAGUCGUUGUUGAAAUAGAAAAGAACUUCAUGGCUGUCAUAGGCAUUGGCCAAGAUGGAUUCACCUUUAAGCACUGCAGUAGCCCUCCUGGUGACGGAAACAUCAACAUUAGCUCUCCCGAAGGUCUGACCCAGUCUGUGAGAGAAGCUGUCAUGAAAUUAGUGAAGGACCAAGUGGCACCUGUCAUUGAUCAAAACCUGUGUGAUUUGGUCAAAACGGCUCUUGAGGGACCCCUUGGUGACGUGCUAAGCAAGGCAUUUGUACCACCCGAUGGCACCAGGUUCACCUUCUACAAUAUGGAGACAGACGACGAAUACAUCUCCUUUUUGCUCCUAAUGUCAAAAAAAGAAGGAGAAGAGGAGGAGCGGGAAAAAUGUGCCACUUCCACCACCACCUCCUGGAAGCCUCUUUGCCCGAUGAAAGAAGGAGCCUUGGCUGACGUGACCAUAGACCCCAGCGCGAUCGAAAACCAUAUGAUGCGCAUGCAGUCAAAGUCCUUUGCUGUGGAUCCAAAUAACCCUACGGGAGCAACGUUUGUUCCUGAGAAAUUCAGUUUCGUUCAGACCCCCGAUGGAUUAGCUCUGAAUUAUGUACCGCACUUCACCUCAUGUGACGCUGAGGACCCAAACAGUUGUACACAUUAUUCACCUGGCGACUGCUCUCUCAACAUUGGAAUUACUCUUCAAAACAACGAGCUGAAAAUUCUUUCUGCUUCACACAGCUGUGAAGAGAAUACGGACUCUGCCGAACCCAGUGAUGGACAGGAGUGGAAUUGUCAGAAGGCAUCUUGUGGUCUUAUUGGAGACCAAUUUCCAAACGUGACUAUGUAG